AUGCCUGAAUUGGUAGGAAAGCAGAUUGGCUCGACGGGAUAUGGUCUGAUGGGCUUCACCAGCCGUAGCCCCCCAGUGCCGAUCGAGCAGGCCUUCAAAGCGAUGCGCGCCGCCCUUGAAUCCGGAUGUAACUUCUGGAACGCGGGAGAGUUCUACGGCACACCGGAAUGGAACACGCAGACACUCCUGGCGGCUUACUUCAAGCGAUAUCCAGAGGAUGCUGACAAGGUGGUGCUGAGCGUCAAGGGGGCUUUUGAUUACGCGACGUUUCGGCCUGAUGGAUCACCCGAAGGCAUCAAGCGCAGCCUCGACAGGAUCCUCAAGGACCUGGACGGGACCAAGAAGGUUGACAUAUUCGAGUGUGCGCGGGUCGACCCAAACACCCCUCUCGAGGUGACUUUGAAGUACCUCGAGGAACAAUACGUGAAUAAGGGCAUCAUCCGCGGCAUCGCCCUCAGCGAGGUCAACGCCGAGUCCAUCCGCCAGGCGGUCAAGGUGACCAAAAUUGUCGCCGUCGAGAUUGAGUUGAGCUUGUGGGCGACGCACGUAUUGGAAAAUGGGGUUGCGGCCACGUGCGCCGAGCUCAAUAUCCCUCUGAUCGCGUACUCUCCCAUCGGCCAAGGAAUGCUCAGUGGCCAGCUCAAAUCAGUGGAUGAUCUCCCCGAAGGAGAUCAUAGACGCUUCUAUCCUCGCUUCCAGCCUGACACCUUCCCCAUCAAUCUCCAGCUCGUGGAUGAACUGCAGGCGCUGGCCAAGGAAAAGGGCUGCACCCCUGCGCAGCUCGCCAUUAGCUGGACCAAGAGCCUGGCCAAGAAGCCUAGCGUGCCUCUCGUCAUCCCCAUCCCAGGUGCCACAACCGACACUCGUGUACGCGAGAAUGCUCAGGGUUACGAGUUGACGUCGGCCGAGCUGGCUGCGAUUGAUGCCAUCUUGGCCAAAUUCACCAUCGUAGGCCGUCGCUACCCUGAAGGCAUCGCUAUUGAUACCUAA